GUUCGACAAAGGUGGGAUAACCAUGGUGAUGGAUAUCUGACCAUCUUCAAGGGCUUCGUGAUGCAGAAACAGCUUGAGGAGAUCGUUGCGACUUGUGCCAUUGAGGGGGAAAGAAGACGACGGGAGUAUGAGGCCGUGGAGGAAGGCUUUGGGGAGGGUGUUAUGAGCAUUUUUGGACCAUGAUGUGAGGAGAAGGGGCUGGAAGGAGAUUUUAGCAGGAUGAAAUGAGCACGCUUUUCUUCACUUCUAAACAGAGGUACGAUGCAUGGAAUGACCUCGUCGCCUUGACGCUUCUGUAUGGCUCGUGGCACGUUUUCCAUAUGUCCCUGGAGCACUUCGAGCCACAGAGACACUUGAUGGAGAACAAACGAGCCGUGACGGUCAGACAGGUAGCAGUUGAAAGGGGGAACUGGGGGGAAAGUCGUCCACACAUUCACCCGACUCGAGCAGAUCAAGGGACAGACGCUCAAAGUCUACCUUCGAAGCUCGAUCGGUCGCAAGGGAGUGACUUCGACGCAGACAGGUCAGGCUUCGUGAUGCUCAAGGCAGAAACCUCCAGGGCCGGCGUCUUCGCGGUGGGAAUCGCCAAGCGAAUGCGAGCGGGUCCAGAAGCAGCUGUACUCAUAAUGAACCGGCCUAACCCGCUGAGUAGGCAACCAGAAGUCCCUGCUGGAAUCAAUGACUGCUUUGGUGGCGAGAGGCACUCCUGCAGGGCGACAUUACCCACUGGAAAAAGGGUAGAAACCAGGAGACUCUGCCAGAAGCGGUGAUCCACUUCGUUUUUGAUACCCCCCUCGUCGAAAACGAAGUGGAAAAUUGCUUGCUUGGCGUUUGAGUCUGGAGUGCCUCACACUAUGACUCUCACAUCGCUUUAGGCAAUGGACGCAAUGAGAUGGACCCAUGCCAGAUGUUGCCACGUCCCCGUAGCAGGGGGGGAGAACUGCUCUGGUAUGCAACUCGUAACACA